AAGAACUAUAAAAAUAUUGAUUUAUUUUUGGUAGUGGUAGUGGUGUCUUGUAAUCCGCGCUUAAUGCCACGUGGCAAACGAGUCUUAUUUUUGGUCUUAUCUUUGGUUACAUAACUGAUUAUCAAUAAAGUAUAGAAAAAGAAAUAGGAACGUAGAGAGUGGUGUGGUGUGUGCCGUCUCUCUCUAUAUGAUUUGGAUUGAGACCGAGUAAAGAAGAAAGAAAGAGUCUCUGAGAAUGGAGGCUGAGCCCAAGCGGUUGAAGCCACGGCUUGAGCGGCGAAACGCCAUGAAAAACAUCAAUUAUCAAUUGAACGCGGAGGAAGAGAACGCCGACACAGCUUCUUUGCUACUUCAGAACCAAAGGAGCUUCCGCGUGAAAGGAAUCGACGGGGAAUUCGACCACAUAUUUCGCAGUCUGGGCCUCUCUGGGCCCGAAGACUUUGCCAUCCCAGCUGCAGCAUGGGAACAGGCCCAAAAGUCUCGCUCAGUAUCUCCAAUGGGUUUGGGCCUGGGCCAGGGUGGGAUCAAUGGUGUUCGGCCACCGCCGGUGAUGCUGCGCACGCUCGUUGUUGAUGAAACGCGAAGGGAGGAUUUGGUUUCCGAUGAUGAGAGUGAAGUUGGUGUUGAAACUGAUACUGAAAACACUGCUUCUUCUCUGGUUGAAGAGUCUAUUCAUGAUCAUAACGUUUCGCCAAACGGGUCUUUCGUGUCGUGGCAAAAGGGCGAGAUCUUAGGAAAGGGAUCAUUUGGAACUGUCUAUGAAGGUUUCACCGAUGAUGGGAUCUUUUUUGCUGUAAAGGAGGUGUCUUUGCUGGAUGAUGGAAGCCAGGGCAAACAAAGCAUUUUCCAACUUCAGCAGGAAAUAUCUCUUUUGAGUCAGUUCCAACACGAGAACAUAGUUCGAUAUCUUGGCACAGACAAGGAUAAUGAUAAGCUAUAUAUCUUCCUUGAGCUUGUAACAAAAGGAUCAUUGGCAAGUCUUUAUCAAAAGUAUCGCUUAAGGGAUUCUCAAGUUUCUGCAUACACAAGGCAGAUUUUAAGUGGCUUGAAGUAUCUUCAUGAUCGUAAUGUGGUUCAUAGGGACAUCAAGUGCGCCAAUAUAUUGGUUGAUGCAAAUGGGUCCGUCAAGCUUGCAGAUUUUGGGUUGGCAAAGGCAACUAAAUUGAAUGAUGUUAAAUCAAGCAAAGGCUCCCCAUACUGGAUGGCCCCCGAGGUUGUUAACUUGAGAAAUCGUGGCUAUGGACUAGCAGCUGAUAUAUGGAGCUUAGGAUGUACUGUUUUGGAGAUGUUGACACGACAACCUCCUUACUCUGAUCUGGAAGGAAUGCAAGCGUUAUUUCGAAUUGGCAGGGGACAGCCUCCACCUGUUCCAGAAUCUUUGUCAAAAGAUGCCCGAGAUUUUAUUCUUAAAUGCUUACAAGUAAACCCAAACAAACGGCCUACUGCUACUCAGCUAUUGGAUCAUCCAUUUAUAAAGAGAACACUUCUAUCUCCCAUAAGUCCUAUUUCCCCAAGUGUUAAUAUUUUACUGUCUUAAGAACUCUCAAUCAUCUUCAAUAUUUCCACGGGGAAGGUCAAAUCCAUCCAUGUUUUUGACUGUUUAUAAGGAUCUCGGGUUUAGACUGGUGUAAUAUACAGGAAAAGAUCAAUGGAGGAUCGACAGAUAUCUACUGGAGUGGGACCUUGCAAUGUAAAGUUGGCUUGGUUAUUGAUCUCUCAAUAACGAGAUGGGCCUCUGCAUUUCCAACAGAGGUUCUUAUGCCAGUAUAAACACCCCAGGAGAGUGCUAUGGUCAUUUUGAGCUGAAAUUAAUGGUUCUUCGGGUCAUAUUGCUUUUACUGCAACCUUUUUGAAGUUCUUUUUGCCAAGCUAUUGCAUUAUCUGGCUUUACGCUCACUGAAUCUACGGAACUCAUGUUGACAUUAUUUUCUUGUGGACAUUUUGCAGCCUCGUGCAGCCGGGCUAGUUGCCAGUGCUCAGUGCUCAUAGUCACAUAAAUUCCCCCUUCGACAUGUAGAUAGCUGACGGGUUAAAGCAAUCUUUGUUGUAUUUAUUUUUUGGACUUUCUCUUCAACUAGAGCAACAAUUGCACUAUUUUCGUUGAAGGAAGCUGUGACAGUUUGUCAAUUUGAGUUUUCAUAUACUUUCUAUCAAUUCGUCGAAAAUAUCAGCAUAACAUUUCCAC